AUGACGUGCCGCUACUGUUCUCUCUAUCUCACGCCCUCGACUUCAGCCCACGCUGCCAACACUGGUGGAGCCUGCCUGUCCGUGGCCCUCUGCGCCUCUCGUCUUGAGAGCGCCAACAUCUUCGUCAACGCCCAGCGGCAAGCUUACCUAACGAUCGUGAAACAAGCGCCGUCGAAUUUGCACCACAACCGCCAAGUCCCCAUCGACGACGACACGUACGACAACACAUUGGUCUUAUCCAAUCAAAGCAACCUCCCGCCCUCACGCACGAUCGACAAUCACCAGAUCGAGGAUUCUGCUGCAGAAAGACAUCGACGCACAACUCACAACCAUGCUGGCUACGCGGACACGAUUCGCGGAGGAGAACCAGAGGGCCGCGCUGGCAGGUUCUCAACACAGGAUGCGGUGACGACGAAGCUCCAGCGUUAA